AUGGUUAAUCGAGCGAGUACGGUAGCUCGACCGAUUGUUAAUAGCGUCAUUGGGAUCGUUGUUUCUGUUGAAGCGUAAUAUUUAUAUUCAGUGAAGUUCUUGAAAGGGACUUUAAAUUUUUGCAGAAGCAUUACCCGCGGACGGGAUACACUUAUGAGCAUGAGGCGCAAGAGUGAGAGAAAUAAAGCCAAAGCGACACCAGAAAAAAAAGUGGAAAAACCGACAAGAAAAUCAACUCGCAGGCGUGGAAAACGUUCACCGUCAACAUCACCUGAGAAAGAUAACAUAGAAGCAGCUACUACAGUUGUUCCCAGUUGUACUAAUGAAAACGAAAAGUCUCCAGUACAGACGCGUAUUCAAAAUAAAGAAUUAGAGCAGGUAUCGGAUAGCCAUGAAGAGAAGGUAUCUUCCACGGAAGGAAACAUAAAAGUGCAAUCACCUGAGGCAGAGGAGGAGAAUAAUGGUGAUUCUGUAUGGAAAGUGGCAAGAGCUGACGCAUCUCCUGGGGAGAUACAAAAAUUGAAGUUAUGCAGACAGAGGAAUAUAUCGGAGGCAUCAUCUGAAGCAUCGUUGAGUAGGAAAAAGUCUAACAAGUGGCAAGAAAGUGGUGAGGGAGGUGCAGGGGAGGUUGACUCGGCAGACGAGCAGCUGGUAUCUUGUACAAGAAUGUCCAGUGGCAUUGAACAGCCGUAUGAUCCCUCCUCUUCAUACCCAGGUCAGGACUCCAACGAAGAGGUAAGUGAUAGCAAGGAGCUCCUGCCUGAAACCACUUCAGCCAACUUGUCUGACGAUAAACCAAACAUAGAUCAACAAGGUGAUUCAAAUGAGGCUAGUUGUUCCAACCAAAAUCUUCAUAGCGAGCCCAGUAAGCCAACUAGUACAACCACUCCAGCUACUACUAAUUCUUCUAACGGCGAUCGUGUAUCAGAGGAACUAAUCCCUGAUAUUCCUAAGGAAGACCAACCUGAAGAAACCACUGACCAGAAAUCAAUAGAAGUAUUUGAGAAAGAAACGAGUUUGGAAAAUGCAUCCAAAGAAAUGCAUACUAAUACCGAUGACGAAGAACACGACGACAAAGAAAAAAUUCAGAAAUCAGAUUCGUCGUCUGAGUCUAACGACGAGAAACAUACUAAAAUAGAUUGCAGUAGCAAUAGAACAGCAUUGCGUGCUAGUCGUAGAAAGCAUAGAAAUAAAUAUAGAGAUUCUUCUAAUUCUGAAACGCCUGAUUCCGAAGAUGAACAGUCUGUCGAUAAUAAAUUUGAACAAUCGUUUACUCGUGAUAAGAAAUCUAAUAUAACAACGGAUGAAUCUAAAGAAAAAGAUCAACCAACAUCUCCAGAAUCUAAAUCUAAUCCUUCAUUAAACAAUUUAAAUAUCGAAGUUGAACAUUCCGAAAUAAGCAAACCAACAAAAGCUCAAAAUGAAGCCGAAAAGCAGGACCACGUUCCCUCAACUAACAUUCAGGCAUCAACUCAGAAACCUGCUAAAGUUAAUUUGAAAAGAUCAUUUACGACACGAAUAUUAGUUGACAAAACUGAUGCAAAAAGUGAGGAUACCGAUCCAAAUGCUAACAGCGAGUCUAAUAAUCAGAAGGAAAAUCAUAGUAACGAAGAUAGUGAGUUUAAAUCCGUACCAAGAAAACGGAGAUGGGGAACAGCGUUAUCGACAGAUUCGGUGCCUUCUUUUUCUAUCUCAACAGAUUCCCUUAAGGCAUUAGUGCCAGGAGCAAAACCAUUAUCCAUCAAUGAAGUACGUUUAUCGAAAGAUGACGACGAUGAAAGAGAUCAAAAGGGAAAUGGAAAAUGGUUUGACGAGGAUAUUAAUGAUCCAAAAUCUAAAGAUAUUCUUGCACAGAAGAAUGGUGCUGCGAAAAAAGGGGAUUUACAAAUUGAAAAUCAUAUAGUAGCAGCAAGGCGGAAGAUUUCUAUCAUGAAAGAACCUUCGCACGUGAAGUCACCUAGUCCACCAGCGACGAAGCCUACAAAUAUUCUUUUGAUAAAAAAUUUGGUUCGUCCAUUUACAUUGAAUCAAAUAAAAGAAUUACUGUCACGUACUGGUACUAUUGUUGAAAAUGGAUUCUGGAUGGACAGAAUUAAAUCCAAAUGUUUUGUUGAGUAUGCUAAUGAAGAUCAAGCAUUUGAAACAAGACAAGCAUUGCAUGGUAUUUCAUGGCCUGUGUCAAAUCCGAAAAGACUACACGUUGAAUACGCCACCAAGGAUGAUAUGGAAAUGGCAAGAGAAUCAUCUAAAGAUCAACCUGUUUCCCGUAAGACGGAACAACUAUUGACGACAGAAUCCUGGCAACAAGAUUGGAACCGCGAGGAAAGAACUAACUCGGCUAAGGUCGUCGUUGUUAGAGAAUGGGAUUUAGGUAAGGAGGAUGGUCAACAACACGUCAAAGAAAAAGAACGUGACAAGAAAGAACAAGAUAAGAAAAGAAGAAGAAGUCGGAGUCCGGCAUUGGAAGCACAUCUUCCAGCUCCUGCAAGAAAAUUCAAAAAAAAGGAAGACGAUCCACCUCCGGCUAAACUUUUAGAUGAUCUUUUUAGAAAAACUAAAGCAACACCUUGCAUAUAUUGGCUACCACUUACGAACGAACAGAUAGUAGUAAAGGAAGAAAUGCGAAGACAGCAUAUGGCAGAGCACGCACGCAGACUAGAAGAGAUGAGACGUACUGAAAGAAGCAGAGACAGCCGUCGUCGUCGUAGUCCAAGAAAAUAGAAAAUUUGCAGAUCGCCACUUCCGAUAAACGUCAACAACAUUAACUAUUCGACAGAGUGGCGGUAACAAUAGAACAAAUUCGAUAGAGUGUGGCGCACUGUGUUUUGAUCAUCUGUACGGGACAGGCACUACAUCAAUUUUCUCUGCAAAACUUGCAUCGUCUAUAAAAUUACGCUGCGAUUAAAAAAAAAAACUCUGUUAUUUACUCGAUGAUGUAUCGUACAUCACGAGUUAAUAUAUGCAUACACCUACAACGUGGGAAAUGUUUGAGAGAAAAUAAAAAAAAAGAAGGAGAGAGAAAAAUAGAAAGAGAGUGAGAGGGAGAGAGAAAGAGAGUAAACAAAUAAAUAACUCUAUCGGUCGAGUAACAAAAAGGACAUUGUAUUUGCGAAAGCGUAAUGUUGAAUUGAGUUAUUCGUUUUCUCUUUUACUAUGAAACGAAAUGAAACUUUAGUCAACCAUUUAAGCAAAGCGCGAAUAGCAAUAAACUAAUCACAAUAAUGAAAAUCAUUUGAAAUAUGUGAAUGUGGGAAAAGCAGAUGCAAGGCAUGUGUAACAAAAUAAAACAAAAAAAAAAGAAUUUCUUUUCUUAAUAUCGAAUAUUUUUGUUCGCCUUAACUUUAAACUCGAAAGUUAAUGGAUAAAAAAGAAUUAUGACCCUAUCACUCUAAAAUGUGAUAAUAGAGAUCAUGAAAAUACGCUAGUGUUGUUUAUCUACCUGCUCCUGAAUAGUCGUGCAGGAAGGACACACACACACGUUGUAUAUAUAUAAUAUUAAUAAUAAUAAUAUUCAAUAUUCCAUAAAUAUGACAUGUGUAAAAUUAUCAAUAAAUGUAAAACACGA